UAAAACACCUGAAUUGUUUUUUGAUAGACAGCAAAAACGUCACGUUGUUGUCAACGACGAACUAACGCCGUCAAAUAAGCCCUCCACUUUCUUUACACAUUAAGUGCAUUUCUAAAAUAAAGAAGUGGUUCACGAUGGACUUGUUUGUUUAAUUCAACUAUAAAAAAAAUACAGUCCACAAACAACCCUUGCUGUUCCCAGCAGCAGAGACACUACACAAUUUGGUGAUCCAGCAGCGGAGCAGCAACAAAACAUUUUUUGGUCGCAUCGAGCGGAUUUCAAGAUUUUCCGGCGAUACAAUUACAAUUUGGGAGGUCAGUAGCCACAACAGGUGAAGACAAAUACCAAGGCCGCCUCUACAACGUCAACAAACAAUUUGCAAGACAAAGGGACAAUUUACCCAUAAGUAUCCUUUUUAAACAAAAUCAGGGAUUGGAGGUAAGCCUUUAUUCAUCACUUGGUCAAUCACGGGAAAAGAAGUGCUCCUGUAAUAUCGGAUUGCAGUUCAAGCUGAGUGGCUUCGCCCGCAUUAAUGUAUUGAACAUAUAUAUACAAUAGUCAGUAAUUAGUGUUAAAAGAGGCGUUAAUACUUUUAAUUAAUCGCAUUUCAAUUCAUAUAUUACGUAAUCAAGUGUCGUCAUAGUCAUCGUCGUUGUUCAUACCCACUACUGCAUUCCAAAAUUCACAUGUAUUCAUAAUGAAGUGUUAUUUUAGAAUUUAAUGUACAUAGUUUCAAUCAGCUACAUUCAUAUUUACAUUAUAUUUAUCUUAUCGCAUAUAGGCUAAAUCUUAGCAUAUACAAUUAGAAUUUGUAAAGAAGUUCUAAUAGUGCAAUUCUGUCAUAUUAGCAAAUUUGUGUCAGAGUACAAAAUACAUAUCUUUGUAAUUCAUUUGGAUCCUCAAGGGCUGCUCAUUUUUCACACCUCUUAUAUUUCUUUGGGAAAUUGAGCACAUAUUUAAACUAAAACAAACCUUGUCGAGUUUUUCAUAAUGGCACCAAGAAAAGGAGCAAAGGGUGGAAACGAGUUAGAUGAAGAUGAAACACUACCCCGAAUUCAAAAUCUAGUAAGAAAGAGGGGAAUGAUUAAUUCAAAAUUAUCACGUUUAUUAAACUAUUUUAAUUCUUCAAAGGAAAGUGCUAAUCCAUCAACAAUUCUUGAAAUUGAAUUGAGAUUAAAAGAAAUAGAAACAAAAUUGCUCACAGAGUUUUCAGAGAUUCAUUUUGCACUCGAAGGUUUAGAUCCUGAUAAUUUCACUGAACAGGACCUAAAUGAUUUUGAAACUUUAUAUUUUAAAACAAUUGCUGAUAUUAAACAAUUUCUUUCAAUUAAAACAACUUCAAGUGAUCAGCAAGUUAUACACGAUGAAUCCAUUCAUUCUUCACCACCCUAUAUUACAUCCUUACAACGUCAGGUCUCUAUUAAAAGGCAAAACACAAAAUUGCCUGUCAUUGAAUUGCCUAAGUUUUUUGGCCAAUAUGAUAAGUGGCUAGAAUUCAGGGAUUUAUACACUUCUCUAGUUCACAAAAAUAAUUGCCUUGAGCCAAUCGAGAAAUUUCAAUAUUUAAAGGCUACACUAGAGGGUGCGGCAGCACAAUCAAUUCAGGCUAUUAACAUCACAAAUGAAAACUAUGAUUUAGCAUGGGACAUUCUUUGUCAAAGAUUUGAAAACAAAAGAUUAAUAGUGCAUAAUCACAUUAAAUCCUUAUUCAAUAUUUAUGAUAUAAGACCGGAUUCUGCCAAUUCAUUUCGCAAUGUACUAGACAUUAUUUCGAAAAAUAUGCGCUCUCUUAACAAUUUAGGUGUUAUAACGAACUCUUGGGAUCCAUUAAUCAUAUAUUUAGUAACCAGUAAGCUAGAUGUUGAGUCAAUCCGGGAAUGGGAACAAUCAGGCUUCGCUGAAGAACUGCCCUCUUUGGCAGAAUUAUAUGAAUUCCUGUCAUCUCGUGCAGAUUUCUUAGAUAAGGUAGCAAUGCACAAGGGUAAACCACGCAAAACCUUCAUUGUCAAUCAACCGUCAACUCAUCAGAGUUCUAACUUAUGUUGUUUUUAUUGUAAACAACAGCAUGCAAUCUAUCAUUGUCCUAAAUUUACUGCUCUUUCAGUAGAUCAGAGAUGGUCUGCAAUUAAAUCACAAAAAUUAUGUGUUAAUUGUUUGCGCAGUGGCCACAAACUAGAUAAAUGUCGGUAUGGUCAUUGUAGACAUUGUAAACAACGGCAUAAUUCAUUACUUCACAAACAGCAACCUUUAAUUCCAGUUGAAGAUGGCCACCUUGUUUCAAGUAAAGAAACUACUCAAGGUCAAGUUGCCUUAUAUAAUUCAACUAAGAAUCAAAUCUUACUAGCCACAGCAGUGGUGCAAGUUUUCGAUAUUCAUGGUAAAGGGCAUUCAUGCAGAGCCCUCCUAGACAAUGCUUCAAUGUCUAAUUUUGUAUCCCAAGAUUUUGUGAAUAAAUUAGGCAUAACACAAUACAAAAUUAAUUCCUCAAUCCUAGGAAUUGGGCAUUCAGUGUCUAAUAUUAACAAAUCAUGUCGAGUCAAAUUCAAGUCUUGUUAUAACAACUUCAAUGUUUCAUUAGAUUGUUUAGUCAUUCCAGAAAUCACAGGUGAUUUACCUAACACAUAUUUCAAUCCAGAAUGUCUAGAUAUUCCAACUAACUAUCAUUUAGCUGAUCCAGCAUUCUUUGAGCCCAAUCACGUUGACUUACUUAUUGGAGCUCAAGUAUUUUGGGAUAUUAUUUCUGCGGAACGCAUUACUUUAGGCCCCAAUAAGCCUAUUCUGCAGAAUAGCAAAUUGGGUUGGUUGGUGUCAGGUCCCAUAGGCAUUCCUAACUCAUCAAAGAAUACCCUUUGUCAUUUCUCAAAAACCUUAGAUAUUCAAAAUCAGUUGCAAAAGUUUUGGGAAAUUGAAGAGGUUUCAACCUCAUCGCCAAUCCUUUCAGAAGAAGAACUCUUAGCAGAGAAACAUUUCAUCGAAAAUGUUGAGAGAGAUUCAGAUGGCAGAUUCAUUGUAGGGAUUCCGCUAAAGAAGUCUUUAGAAGUCUUGGGUGAUACAAAGGUUCAAGCAACACAACAAUUUUUAUCCUUAGAGAGAAAAUUACAUAAAAAUCCGAAGUUGAAGCAAAUGUAUCAGGAAUUUAUGUCCGAGUAUCAAAGUUUAAAUCAUAUGUCACGAUUUAUACCUUCUAAUGAUCAAAUUUGUUAUUUUUCUCCCCAUCACGGUGUGCUACGUGAGAAAAGUCAAACUACCAAGCUCAGAGUCGUCUUCAAUAGUUCGUUUCCAAGCACUACUGGUUUAUCUUACAAUUCAAUUCAAAUGGUUGGGCCAGUAGUUCAGGACGAUUUAGUUUCUAUAAUCUUAAGAUUUCGACAGCAUCAAAUCGUUUUUUCAGCAGAUGUUUGCAAGAUGUAUAGGCAAAUACAGGUAAAGCAAGAGUUUCGCCCUUUACAAUUAAUUUUAUGGCGAAGUGAUCCAAAGGAUGAUCUAAAGAUUUUAUGGACACUAAAACUUUCAUGGGACGAACCAGUUCCAGGUGACAUAGCCAAGAAGUGGUUACAUUUCAGAUCGCAACUGUUUAAUUUAAAUAAAUUACAAAUUUCAAGAUGUAUUUCAGUAAAAAAUCCAGUCACUGUUCAACUCCAUGGAUUUUCGGAUGCAUCAAAUAGUGCAUAUGGAGCAUGUAUCUAUGUUCGAACUGUGGACGAAUAUAAUAAAGUUCAUGUCGAACUUCUUACAUCCAAAACUAGGGUAGCGCCACUCAAAUCUUUAAGCAUUCCAAGAUUGGAAUUAUGUGGCACUUUACUUUUGGCACAGCUGUAUAUCAAGGUCAAAUCUUCUUUAACUUUACAAUUCAGUGAAGUCUAUUUUUGGUGUGAGUCGACUGUAGCCCUUGCGUGGUUAAGAUGUUCACCCAACACUCUACAGGUUUUUGUGGGAAAUCGCGUUUCCACUAUACAACAAAUUACUCCAAUUGACUCAUGGAGAUAUGUCUCUACGGAUCAGAAACCUGCAGACAUUCUAACAAGAGGAAUGCUACCCAACGAUAUUAUUAAUUCAGAUAUGUGGUUUCAGGGUCCAUUGUGGCUUCGUGAGCCAUCUAUCAAUUGGCCCUUAGAUAUUCACAUGCACAAACCAAUAGCUGUUACAGAAUUGCCAGAUUUUCGCAAAACAACCCAAACAUUUGUGGAAAUCGAAAAUCAAAAUGUAUUUCCUUUCCACGAAUUUUCAACUUUCACUCGUAUUACUCGAAUUAUGGCAUUCUGUCUUAGGUUCAUUUUUAAUUGCCGAAUUAAAAAAUUCGAUAGGCAUUUUAGCCAUUUGACAAUAUCUGAACUUCGCAAUGCUAAAGACAUGUUAGUCAAGCUAUCACAGCGUGAGUCAUUUUUUGAUGACUAUCAACAACUGUUAAAAUUUGGGGUAGUGUCAAAUAAAAGUAGGCUACUCAGUCUCACUCCUUUUAUUAAAGAAGGAAUUAUCCGAGUUGGUGGAAGACUAAAGAACUCAUCGUACUCAUUUCAUAAGAAACAUCCAGCAGUGUUAUGUCCCAAGCAUCACCUAACCAAGUUGAUUCUUCAGCAUGAACACAAAGUGCUUAUACAUUGCGGCUCUCAAUUAUUGCUUGCACACAUCAGAGAUAAUUACUGGCCUAUAUCUGGUAAGAAUUUAGCAAAGCGAAUUAUCAAAGAGUGCCUCAUUUGUUUUCGUUUCAAUCCCACUUCACCUAACCCUAUCAUGGGUAAUCUUCCAAGUUCCCGAGUCAGUCCUCGAAUUCCGUUCUCUGAUGUUGGCAUUGACUAUGCUGGACCUUUUCAAAUAAAGGAUCGAAAGGGACGUGGUUGCAAGAUCAGCAAAUGUUAUUUAGCACUCUUCAUUUGUUUAACAACAAAAGCGAUCCAUUUGGAGCUGGUUACUGAGUUAAGCACGUGGGCCUUUCUUGAAGCUUUUCAGAGAUUUAUUGCAAGACGUGGUAAACCAUUGAAUGUUUAUUCUGACAAUGGUACUAAUUUUGUAGAUGCAUGCAAUUAUUUGAAGGAACUAGGUACCUUCCUAAAAAGCAAUUCACCCACACUUAAGGAAAAUCUAGAAUCAUCUUUUGAAGUUUCAUGGCAUUUUAUUGCAGCAUAUUCUCCUCAUCAUGGUGGUUUGUGGGAAGCCGGUGUUAAAGCGGCAAAACAUCACUUAAAAAGGAUUUUAUUUAACACAAUAUUGACUUUCGAAGGUCUUUACACAGUAAUUACCCAGAUAGAAGCUAUUCUAAAUUCACGACCUUUAACGCCACUCUCGACAGAUCCAAAUGAUUUGCAAGUGCUCACCCCAGCACAUUUUUUAAUUGGGCGAUCACUUCAAUCUGUUAUUCACCCUGAUUUACAGAAUACUGCUAUCAAUAGAUUAUCUAAUUUUGAGCAAUUAGAACUUCUAAGACAACAAUUCUGGUCGCGCUGGACCAAAGAGUAUAUUUGUAAUUUGCAAACUAGACUUAAAUGGAAGAAGAACCAACCGAACAUUCAAUUAGGGACUAUGGUUCUUAUCAAAGACAAUCACUUGCCACCGUUUAAGUGGAAAUUAGGUCGCGUUAAUACCCUCUAUGCAGGGAAUGAUGGUGUUGUGCGCAUUGUAUCCGUGAAAACUAUAUCGGGUAACAUUAGAUGCACUGUUACCAAACUGUGUCCGCUUCCAAUUAGUGACAAUUGACAUUUAGCAAAGUUGACAUUGUUUAGAAUAGUUCUAAUUUAGUAAGUCUAUUAUUAAUAAUUAUUAAGUUCAUUUUCAUUUUUACUUUAUUUAUUUCAACUAACCUGCGUAUUUCAUUUUUUACUUAGGUUAAGUCAUGUUUUUUAUGUUUAGUGAUUUGUAUUUCUCUAGUUUUCAUUGAAAGUAUUUUCAUUCUUUCAAGGUGAGGGGCAUGUUAAGGUUUACGUUAAUUAAAACACCUGAAUUGUUUUUUGAUAGACAGCAAAAACGUCACGUUGUUGUCAACGACGAACUAACGCCGUCAAAUAAGCCCUCCACUUUCUUUACACAUUAAGUGCAUUUCUAAAAUAAAGAAAUGGUUCACGAUGGA